UCUCAGAGUCUGCAGCUGGAGCGGGAGAUGUAUUUGGCUUCAAACUGCACCUUGGCCAGGGUGAACCUGUCCCUGCGCCCGCGGCUGGAGGACAGGAAGGCUUCCCUAGCCGUCAAGUACCAGGAGCUGCAAGGGACACGAGAGGCAUGUUGGGACAAGCAGCAGUGCCUGGAGGUGUACCUGGAGAACUGGAGCCUGCAGAGCGCUCUGGGCCAGCUCCAAGCCAAGCUCUAUGCCUCUGAGGCAGAGUCAGAGGCACAGACAGAGGAGUUCCUGGCCCAGGACCUGCCCCUCAAUUCCUUUCUGGACUCCUUCUGCCAGAGCCGCACCCGCUCCCACAUCUGCCAGAUGCAGCUGGAGAAACUGCAGGAGUUGCUGCAGAAGGACCAGGUGGGCAGGGACCCUGCAGGCUCCGCGGGGUACCCAG